AUGCAGCGGAUGAAGCUUUACUCCUGCAAUGUGUUACGUCAUGUUUUCUUCCUCAUUCUCCUUGGAGUGGCAAUUUACAUAUUUAUGAAGUUGUCUAUGAUGAAAAAUCAGAGUGAACGCCAUGUGAACAUGCUAUCAGAACAAUUGAGAAAUAAAACAUUUUCACAGAUUGAACACACUGCCAAUAUGUUUCUUCCCCUAAAUUACUCAGCAUCAAGCUUGGCUAGAGGUCUAAGUUCAUCUCUCAAUGGAACUCAGUUACCCUUCACCGAAAUCCAAACUAAGGUAGCACCUCUUUUGUUUUUGUCACUUUCAACAAUCCCAUUCGUAUCACAAGUGUCAUACGUGGGACAAGAUAGGCUGAUGCUCGCUUUUUACACUGAAGAAGGCCACGACGAGGACCAAACUUUUGCAGUGUUUUCCAAUACUUCAUCUGCAGUAUGGUAUAGUCAGCCAGUGAAUCGUGACACGGGGAUGCUUUAUGGGCAACCAGUGGUUGUUGAUACAAAAACAGUUGGCGUUGAGACUCUAGGCUGGUCUAAAGAAUCCUUAAAAGGAACAAUGGGGUAUGCAUCUCAGUCCUCUAUUAGCAUUGGUUUGAACAAGGCCAAGAGGGAAUUAUUUUUCAAUACAGCCACAAUGGAUGGAAGAGGUAAGAUCUCUGUGGGGUUUCCAGUACAAUAUGUGGAUGACAGAUUUUCCGCCUUAAAUUUUUACGGUGCGGAUUUUCACCUGGCUAGUAACAAUGGUCAAGUAAUUGUGGACACAAAGAUUCCUCAUACCAGCAUAAUCGUGUAUAAUGGUACUGUUUCUGUGCAAUUCAAGAACUUGAAUGGUUCUCGUGAAGAUUUGAGUGGCAACCAGUCUUGCAAGCUGGUAAAUGGAGAAAGAGGACAGUUUGAAGUGAAAAUCAAGGAGAAUAAUUUCGUAUUCUACUGCUCUGUCAUUGAAAUAGCUGGACUCGAAUCGGUGUACACUGUGGCGUUCAGUGCUCAAGGAAUGGGAAGUAAUGUCCUAAGGCAAAGCGCGCAAGCAUAUUUGCUGCUUGUGUUCUUGUUUGUUAUUGUAGUAGUUUCGCUAUGUGCUUUCAUUAUCAUAGUCUUCAAAGCUGCAAAAAGAGAGAUGUUUUUGUGUGCUGCUCUGAUCAAACAAGUGGAAUCAACUAAUCAAGCAGAGAGGAAAAGUAUAACAAAGAGUCUCGCAUUUGCUGCUGCAAGUCAUGACAUUCGUAAUGGUUUUGGAAUUAUAACUUGUCUGAUAAACCACUGUCUGAAUGAGGCAUCCCCAGAUUCUGAGACUGCAUCUAACCUGCAGCUCAUCAAUAAUGAAACCACAAGCCUUUUAGAUAUUGAAGCACUUGAGCCUGUUAAAUAUUAA